AUGCCGAUGUUCCCUCUAGCUAACGAGCGUGCACUGCUUACUAUCGCCGGGGUCGCUCUGAUCGUUCAUUUCGUCUUCAAGCGAUAUGAGCCGCAUCGUCUGACAGUUCAUGCACUGCUGUUGCUCGCUACACCUUCUUUACUCGUUCUGCCUCUACUCGAUCACCUCCCAGCUACCAAAGCGGUCCCGGUGGCUUUAGUCACAUUCUGGAUCACGCUUAUAUGCUCCGUUGCACUCUAUCGUCUUUCCCCUUGGCACCCACUCGCACGCUACCCAGGACCCCUCUUACUGAGGUUAUCCAAGUUGCGUAUGGCAUGGAUCUCGCGAGCAGGGAGGCGCCACAUAUACACUCAAGGGCUUCAUCGACGGUACGGGGACAUCGUCAGGGUCGGCCCGAACGAAGUGUCGAUAAAUAACCCCGCGGCCAUCCAAGCUUUCAUGGGAACCUCGGGUUUACACAAAGGUCCGCAGUGGCAUGCGCGAACGGCAACACAGAGCGUCCAGCCUCUUAUCGCCAUCAGUGACCCGAAGGAGCACUUGCGUCGCCGGAAGCCGUGGAACCGUGCCCUGAACGUGGCAAGCCUGAAAGAUUUGGAGCCAUUCGUCGCAGCCCGCGCCGAACAGCUCGUCAGCCGGCUUGCUGCUUCUCAAAGCCAAAACCCAAGCUCAAAGCCUCCGACGAACCUUGCGAAAUGGUUCAGCUGGUUUGCGUACGACCUGAUGAGCGACAUGGCAUUCGGCGGUGGGUCCGAGAUGCUGCUCAAUGGGGACGAGGGCAGCGUCUGGUCCUUGCUGGAAGUAGGCCUGGUGAACUCCGACACUUUUGGUCAUCUCCCAUGGAUGGCCGAUUACAUCCGCACGUUCCCUGGCCUUGGAGCGAAAAUGAAGGAGAUGCGUAGCUUCUGCAUCCAGCGCACCUUGGAGCGUGUCAAACUAGGGAAUACUUCCCGGAAAGAUUUAUUCUACUAUCUUAACAACGAGGACGGGUUCGAACAUCCGCGACCGCUUCCAGAGGUUGUAGCCGACGGGACUCUGGCCAUAGUAGCAGGCUCAGACACUACCUCAAGCGUCCUCUCAAACAUCUUCUACUGUCUGCUCACGCACCCAGAAGCAUACACCCGACUUAGAGCGGAAGUCGAUUCCUAUUACCCAUCGGGGGAAGACGCCCUGAACACGAAGCAUCAUGCGAAUAUGCCGUAUCUGAAUGCGGUCAUCAAUGAGGCGAUGCGUCUCUUCCCACCCGUAAGCGACGGGAGCCAACGUGUCGUACCAAUUGGUAGCGGGGGAAAAAUACUGGAAGACAGUUAUCUUCCAGAAGGGACAAUAACUACGGUGCACAUGUAUAGUAUACACAGGGACAGUCGCAAUUUCUCGCCCCUGCCAGAUAGCUUCUGGCCGGAGCGUUGGAUCCAUGCGGCAGCGGACGACAAGAGCGUCAUUGGGAUGAAGCUUGUGCACAACACUGCCGCCUUUUUCCCGUUCUCGUUCGGACCCGGUAAUUGCCCGGGCAAGGGCCUCGCGAUGCAGGAGUUGCGCAUGGUGGUCAGCGGGAUCAUCCAGCGGGUCGACCUGAGCUUGGACAACAGCUUCGACCCAGUCGCGUACGAGAACGGGCUGCUGGAUUACUUCAUCUUGACUCGACCGCCGCUGCCGGUCAUUGUUAGGCAGCGAGAGCACAAACAGACAACUUUGCAGUAG